CCCUGCAGCUCUGCGUUCGACGUCGCUGCCUUACAGAACAAACUAAUCGAGCUCAGAAUGAUUACUUAUUGUUUGAAAAAAACAGCGGCAAUUUUUGAGUUUUCAUGGAAUGCAGGAAGAAGUCUCUAUUUACGUUGCGAUAAUACAAUUUGGAACGUAUUUGCAUCAAAUGACCGAUAUGGCCACAAGAAAACUAGCAAAGAGAUUGGGAUUACUGAGGCAGCGAAGUCAGUCCGCCUCUGGUUUGAAGAAACCAGUGAAAUCAAAUCAGAUAUUUUCAUACUUGAUUGUGAUCGACUUUGAGUCUACUUGUUGGAGAGAGAAAAAUAACUACGGUCAGGAAAUCAUUGAAUUCCCUGCUGUCCUACUGGACACAUCCUCAGGGGAGGUCGAGUCUGAGUUUCAUACGUACGUUCAACCUCAGGAGCAUCCUGUUCUCUCUGAGUUCUGCACUGAGCUUACUGGAAUCACACAGGUGCAAGUAGAAGCCGGUGUUCCCCUUCAGAUUUGCCUCUCUCAGUUCAACCGCUGGGUGCAGAACCUGCGGCUGGAGAAGGGAGUGAUGUUUCCCAACAAGCAGCAGGCGUCUUCUGCCUCCGACGAGUCCCAGAAACUCUGCACUUUCCUCACCUGGUCAGACUGGGAUCUUGGCGUUUGUUUGCAGUAUGAGUGCAAACGCAAACAGCUUCAUAAACCAGAUGUUCUCAGCAGCUGGAUAGACCUGAGAAGCACAUACAGGCUCUUCUACAGCCGGAAACCCAAAGGCCUGAACGGAGCACUUCAAGAUUUGGGGAUACAGUUUUCUGGGAGAGAACAUUCCGGGUUAGAUGAUGCUCGAAAUACAGCUCGGCUGGCCAUCAGAAUGAUGAGAGACGGAUGUGUGCUGAAGACCACCCGGAGCCUGGAGCGGACUCCAUCGAUGGUCAAAUCCCUUUUCAACAAAAACGUCCCUCCUUCAGGAAGAAUGCAAGAAAAACAGAAUGAUGCCAGGAAAAAGGCAGAUUUCCUCAACAGCAGCAAGAGCUCAUCAUCGUCCAAUAUUUUACUGAAAGCUCGUCAAAAACGUCCUCCUCAUGGGGAGCCUCCGAGUUCAAGCUCGGGUCAAACGUGUCACAGCCUAAUAUCACCAAAAACACUGUUGAACACAACACCAGCACCUCUAAAGGGACAAACCGACAAAUUGGUGACAGCACAUGUUGCUCCUCGUCUUCUUUUGUCCACAGUUCCGUCAAACUGCAGCUCGCCAUGCGGUAACGGAAGCAGCAGCCAUGUUCUGUUCUCCACCACUGUUGGCUCCAUUUCCUCUCUACCUCACGUCGUCAAAACAUCUCCUGUGGACGAAGAGGAGCGAGACCUUCUGGUGGAAACGAAUGAGCGGUGCGGUUCUUACGAUGACGUGGUGUUGAUAUCCGAUCAGACUGAAACGGAUACAAUCUCAGGUUGCGAGGUUGGCUACUUUUCAGAUGACGACGGCAGAUGUCAGGCGUGGGACGGAAUGGAUCAUUCACCCGAAGCACCCCUUGCUUCACAACGCGAGAGAACAGAAAACCCAAACGUACCGAAUAAUACUCGAGAUUCAUCGAUGGCGUGGAAAUCUGUCAAUUCAAAUGUUGAAGUCUUUAAUCAUUCAAGAGAAGAACCGUACCAAUCGACAUGCAGACAGUCAGAGAAAUGUUUUGCUGUGCCGAAAGUUGUUAAUUGGAGCAAACUGAAUGGACAUUCAAGGUUAGAUACGUGCCAUAAAAAUAAUCAAAACCACGAGGUCUCUCCAGUUCUAACCAACCCCUUUCUGCCUGAAAACACUUCCACUCCAAAUCCAUCCACCACGAGACCCAAACCAACCACUGCGAAACACAGAAAACCUCUGAAAUCCUCAUUUACUAUUUAUACUGAUCCAAAAACUCCUCGUCCUGCUACGUAUAGCUCUUUGCAUCCACCCAGAAGCAUCCUGUCCUCUUUGCCAACAAACAUACCCUUCUCCUGUGCCAAACGGCUCAGUGGGGCUCUCACAGCAAAGGGUUCAAAGGUCACCUCCCCUUUGUGCGCCUGUGGUCGCCGUGCGAGGCGGCAGGUUGUGUCAAACGGCGGUCCGAAUCACGGCCGGGGGUUCUACUGCUGUCCGGUUCGCUGCUCGGGGGGCAAAGAGAGAGGCUGCGGGUUCUUUAAAUGGGAGUCUGCGCUCACGAAGAGCAGCUCUGUGGCUCCCCCUGCUGCUGGGUCUUCACUCUGUCAGGUCAACUCUGCACUUCCAUACAGGCGGCCGCAGAGAAAAAGUUGCUAAACGGGCGGAGGAGCAGCUGCGCAUGCUCUGUGUAGCUCCUCAGUCACUGUGCCACUAGUAUUUACCAGCCAAAAGAUGAGGACUUCUGAGUUACAAAAGAAAAAAAACAACCUUGCAGACAGAAGCAAUAGGGCUGCACAAUAUUAGAGAAACAUGCAACUAAUAAUUUUGGUUAAAAAUGUUAUUUUGUAGCCAUUUUUCACUUUGGUCUUUUUUUUUUUUUGAUGACCAGAGUGAGUUGUAGCAGUUCUGUAGUGAACAUUCACAGUGCUUUGUCAUAAGUGUCUUAGAUCACUAAACACAUUUCAAUAACAGAUAAACAUAACUUGAACCCAGAAAAAAAAUUAAGUAAUAUUUUAAUAAAGGCAAAUAUAAAAACCAGGUUGGUUUGAAGCACAUAUUUGUGCUUGUGAAGCCUAAUGUGAAAAAGUAUUAAUCCUCUUGCGGUCAUUUCUUUAGAGCUCGACGCUUAGGAAGAGCACAGCAGAUAUCACAGUUGGACAGUGGAGAAGCGGGUGGGUUGUCCUGUCAGUUCCCAAAAACACACACACACACACACAAAAAACCCAAGCGCAUACAGACUGCAUGCAGGGUCAAAACCUUGAGCAGUCCAGCUGGACCCCGUCUUUUAAGACCAGGAUUGAGUUAUGAAAGAGCUAUGCUUUAUUCCUUUUUUUUUUUUAAAAGUAAAAAAAUCUGAAAAAGUAAAUCUGGAAAAACACCUUAACAGAUAAGAAAGUCAUUGACGUCUUUGUCUGGAAAUGGUUGGGUUAUGAAGCUGUAUUAUCCUUCCAAAAAUGGCUUUUGUGAUUGUAAUAUUGCCCAAGUUGAAAGUUUAAUGAUUGUUAUUCCAUAUAUUGUCCAGUUCUAGAAAAGGGGUGUAGAUUAUAUGCAACCAUGAACAUUUUUAUAUUACAAGAAAUAUCCAAAAUGGCCAAAGACAAAAAGUAUGUUGCUUUGUAAAUCUUAUGCUUAUAAAUACUUUUUUUUUUUGAAGUCAUGUAUUUUAAAACACAAGUAGCACAUGUUGAUGAUUUUUAAUACAAGAUAUAUGAAAAUAAAAUUACCAAAACAAAAAAA